AUUUAGUCGAACGCAACAACAACAUCUACCUGAAAAAUAUGUAACUAAUUACUAACUAUUAAAAACACGUUUAUUCAGAAGUUGUGAUCUCUAUAUAAAUAACUAGGUUUUCCGGGUUUGUUGAAGAGUGGAAUGGAAUCCAAGGUGAACAAAACAGAAUGACCACUAUAUUGUGAUCAAGAGAUUGAAUUCUCAGCGGCCAGAAAGUGAAGUGACCUUUUUAUAUUUACACUUAUGCAAACUUAUGUGUUGAUUAAGAUGUUGACUCGUCAAAUAUAGUUAGCAAGAGACGUUGACGCCACCUUCAAUAUAAUCUAGUGACACUGUGUUGAUCGAGAGAUGUUGACAAAUGGGAACCUAUACAUUGAUUAAGAGAUAUUAGCAAAUGCAAACAUCUGUUCCGAUCGAGAGAAAUCAGCAUCAUGUGACAACUGCGGUGAAAUUGCAGAUAUGUUGACAUCAAAUGACAACUUUUGUCACAACGAUAAGGAGCAAUUCUGGUGCGACCUCUGCGGGCAUGGUCUUUGGGACCUGAUAAGCUUGAGACAGCAUGUUGUGGAGCACAUUGUUGAUGUUAUCGCAGACAAAAAUGACACCAAUGCCAUCCACACUUUACAUGCAGGCCUUGUGAGUAAUCAAGAGCCUGAAACUGAUGGAGGUAUGAAGAAAAACAUAGAAGACACUACGCUAGGGGCUACUGACUGUCAGGAGACUGCUGGGUGUAGGUACACGUGCUCAGUAUGCAGGGCAGAAUAUUCCGAGUUGCAGGAGUUCAGAAAACACCUACAUGUACACAAAAUAAUAGACAUAACUUCUCCAAAUAAAAACGCGCUUCAAGUCAACAAGGGGAUUCCUUCAAGAGAACUCACUAAUUCUAUAAGCAUUGGCAGCAGAGAGCGAUCGCAUGUGUGCAGCGUGUGUGGAAAGGGCUUUCUAACCUAUUCCCAUCUCACUAGGCAUAUGAGGUCUCAUACAGGAGAGCGGCCUCACAGUUGCAGCAUGUGUGGAAAGAGAUUUUCCGCCAAAUCCUAUCUCACUAGGCAUAUGGGAAUUCACACAGGAGAGCGGCCACAAAGUUGCAGCGUGUGUGGAAAGAGAUUUGCUACCGGCUUCGACCUCACAGUGCAUAUGAGGAUUCAUACAGCAGAGCAUAGUUGCAGUGUGUGUGAAAAAGGCUUCCCUUUCCGCUACAAACUCAUGUAUCAUAUGAGGAUUCAUACAGGAGAGCAGCCACAUAGUUGUAGUGUUUGUGGAAAGGGAUUUGUUGCCAAUGCUGACCUCAGUAAUCAUAUGAGAUAUCACACAGCAAAGCGACCACACAGUUGCAGUGUGUGUGGAAAAGGUUUCAUCUUCCGCUCCAAACUCAUGUAUCAUAUGAGGAUUCACACAGGAGAGCAGCCACACAGUUGUAGUGUUUGUGGCAGGGGAUUUUCCACCAAUGGUAUCCUAACUCAGCAUAUGAGGACUCACUCAGAAGAGCGGCUAUUCAGUUGCAAUGUGUGUGGAAAGGGGUUUACUACCAAUGGUCACCUAACUCAGCAUAUGAGGAUUCACACAGGUGAGCGGCCAUAUAGUUGCAAUGUUUGUGGAAAGGGGUUUAUCUACUUUGGACACCUCACUCAGCAUAUGAGUAUUCACACAGGAGAGCGGCCACACAGUUGCAGUGUUUGUGGAAAAGGAUUUAACAGGAGCUGGAACCUCACAAAUCAUAUGAAGAGUCACAAAGAAGAGCGGCCACACAGUUGCAGUGUUUGUGGAAAGGUAUUUGUCACCAGUUCAACACUUACUCAGCAUAUGAAGCAUCACACCGGAUAGCGGCCACACAGUUGCAUUGUUUGUGGAAAGGUAUUUGUCACCAGUUCAACACUUACUCAGCAUAUGAAACAUCACACCGGAUAGCGGCCACACAGUUGCAGUGUUUGUGAAAAGGGAUUUAUCACCAGGUCCGACCUCAAAAAGCUUAUGAGGAUUUACACAGGAGAGGAGCCUUUCAGUUGCAGUGUUUGUGAAAAGGGGUUUACUACCAAUGGUAACCUAACUCAGCAUAUGAGGAUGAGCACAGGAGAGUGUUCAUACAUGUCUAGUGUUUGUGGAAAGCGAUUUAUCACCAGGUCCGACCUCAAAAAGGCAUAUGAGGUUUCACACAUGACAGCAGCCUUACAGUAGCAGUGUUAGUUGAUAGGAAUUUUUCACCAGUUCAAAUCUCAAUAGGCAUAUGAGGAAUAGAGGAUUAACACGGAAGAGUGGCCACACAGUUCAAGCAUUUGUGGAAAGGACUUUGUUAAAGGCCCCUUCCUCACUAAGCAUAUGAUGAUACACACUUGGUGCGGUCAGUCAUGUGCAGCGUGUGUGGAAAGGGCUUGUUAUGGAAUCCGGUCUCAAGGAAUAUGUGGAUUAACACGGGGGGAUCGGGUUCACAAUUGCAUCGUGUGUGGAAAGGGAUUUGUCAUCAGAUCUCAACUCAAGAUGCACUUAAGGUUUCAUACAGGAGAACGGUUGCACAGAUGAUGCGUGUGUGACAAAAGCUUUUCAAUUACAUCCUUCCUUAAAGUGCACAUGAUGCGCCAAACCAUGGACAAACCUUUCCAAUAUUCCAUGUGUGGGAUGAAGUUCCGCCAAAACGAUAACCUGGUUAGACAUAUAAGGAGCCACACUAACGAGUGCAGAUAUGAGUUUGUUGUCUGCAAGAAAAAAAAAAGUGAAGUCCUUUUCAUUAAACGCUCAUAACAACGCUUUCAUCAUGGUGAACAGAGUAAAUGACGCAAGCUUUGCAGUUUAAGAUAAAUGUUGAAUCACACAAGAUUGAAGAACAGGGUCUUGGCUUAUAUUAGUUUCUGAAGAUCAUGCCAUGUGUCGAUCAUUUUGUAUUAUGUGUUCAAAAUGUAAUCUUGUGGGAUACACUUGCUUUAGAUAUAAA